GGCGUUCUCCUUAUUUGUUUAGAUUUACAGUAAUCAAAAUAUUUGAGGAAAAUACCGCUACUAAUCCAAAGAAAUCGACCGUGGAUGAGAGGGUUGAUAAGUUGGAAGCUACAAUGCAAACUAUGGCUGCUACUCUUUAGACUAUUAGCCUUACUUUGUUUACUUUGACUACUGGUUUGGUUCCUUCACCUACAUCCUUAGUGCCCACAACACUAGCUCCACCCAUCCAUAUUCCAUCAUCUACCAUCACACCAGGUAAUUGUGCUAAGGAUCCCAUCAUCACACAAUUGCAAUUCCACCUAUUUAUGAGAAUCAGCCUUUAAUGGGGGAGUCAUCUUCACAUGUGCCACAAAUACCAUCUCUGUCAGUUGAAACUCCACGCCUGCCACUUGAGAUGAAUGACCCAACCUUACCCACAACCACACCUUUUGCCCUUAACAUACCACCUUCGAUGGGACAAGUACCAACUAUUCAACCUACUCCUUCGGUUGAGAUAUUGAGGCCUGCUUUGGAGGAUGGGAAGUCAAAGGAGGUCGAUCACAAGUUGCAACAGUUGGAAGAGGAAUCCGAAAAAAAUUUCAAGUUCAAGCAGCCAGAUUUUGACAAGUAUGAUGGUUCAAGGUAUCCUUAUGCCCACUUGCAGAUGUAUGCUAGGAAGAUAGCACCUUAUGCCAAUGAUGAAAGGGUCCAGACUGGCAAGCUUGAAACGAUAGCCAUGCAGUAUUUGAGCAAUGCAGAAAAGGCUAAGGUUUAUGCAGAACUCUUGAUCAGAUUUCAAGUCAAAACAACUGCAGCUUCUGAGCUGAGCGACUCCCUCCGUGAUUCCAGCCUUCUUUAGAGGAUUCAACUGGCUAUUGAGCAUUUGGGGUUUACUUGUAGCAUUGGUUCAUGUGGGGUUGAUGGCGUAUGACAGGCCGAGUCUACCUAUUGGUGGUGCCUCAACAAGCUCCUGGGAAAGUUUUGGGGGCAUGAUUCUGCUUUUUUUUGGAGUAUAUAUAUAUAUAUAUAUAUAUAUUUGGUCUGAGACAUAUGAGUAUAUGAAAUAGGUAUUUUACUUGCAUAUAAAUUUGUACUACAUAU